UUUCAGCUACGUCAGAGCCACUGUGAUGUCACAAAGAAACUUAGAACUUUUAGAACGUUGUGUGUGUAAAACCGUACAGCGCUCCUCACUUCACUCAUUUAGGUUUCUCAGUUUGUUGCUGCUGAAGUCUGAUUAAUACACAACAGAAAUUUAUCAUGGGGCAGAGUACUUCACGAGUACAACCGUUUACGGAGAGCGAGCAGGUCUACGACCUCCCUCACAGUAAACCCCCAAAAUCCAGCCCCGACAUGACAGAGAAACAUCAUCCUCAUCGGCCUGAUGAGAAGCCUGUUGAUGAUGGGGAGGGAACUGUGCUUCCCACCUCUCCUCUGAAAGAGGAGAAGAAGAGCAAUAAAAAGAAAGUGGGCCACUUCUUUAAGUGGUUCUCUUCCCGUUUGAGGAAAAAAAUCACCAAAAGCAAGAGCUCAGGUCAGGGUGAGAUGAAAGACCAAGAUCAGAAGCCUCAACAGCCCAUCUGCAGAUCUGUGGAGGUCACUGAUCUCGAGGAACCUCACACCAGUGUUCUUCAAGUCCCUCCUGCUGCUGAGCCUCUGGUGCAGAAAGAUCUCCAAACUCAAGUCCACGAUGCUCCAGUCAGUGUGAGAGCAGGUGAAGUGUCUCCUCUGAUGAUAGAGUUGGACAGCAAUGAAGUGGACACGAGACCUGAAGACAACAUUUGCUGCCGAUAUGCAAUUGGCAGCAAACUGGGUCAAGGUGGAUUUGGUGCCGUCUAUAAGGCGACUCGUUUGGAGGAUAGACUUAAGGUUCAUCAGGUGGCUGUGAAAUUUGUCAAAAAGACAAAACACACAGAAUAUAUCAGCAUUCCUGAUCAUCCCAAGCCUCUUCCCAAAGAAGUCGCCCUGACAAUUCUGGCCAAUAAAGACCCAGUGAUGGAUAUUAUUAGGCUGUUGGACUGGCAGGACCAGCAGAACUUCUACGUCAUUGUUGUCCAGCGCUUCUCACACUGCAUGGAUGUUUUCCGCUUUGUGCAACGCAAUGGAGGCAGCAUCGAUGAGAAGUUAGCGAGGCUCAUCAUGUUUGGGGCAACACUAGCCGCCAGUGCAUGUUGUAGACGUGGAGUUUACCAUGGGGACAUCAAGUUAGAGAACCUGCUGAUAAAUUUGGAGAACCUCCAAAUCAAACUAAUUGACUUUGGAUGUGGCAGUGUCCUGACAGAAUCUGCCUACACAAGAUUCAGUGGAACAGUUAUGUACCGCCCUCCCGAGUACAUACUGAAGGGUGAGUUCCAUGGAAAGCCAGCGACGGUCUGGUCUUUAGGGAUCCUCUUGUUCAGAAUGCUGUGUGGACACUUUCCAGAUAGUUUCGACUUCUACAGGAUCAACUUGAACACCUGGUCCAAGCCAGGCUUGACAGAAGGUGAGUUCCUCUUCACAAGUACAAUUCUACAACAAAAUUUUAUUGGAGAUGGACAUAUGGAUAAUCCAGCAGAUUUUACAGUUUAG